AUGGUCAACAUGGCUUCGUAUACACAAUCCCCACCGCAAAGUGGCUUCUACGGGUCGGCACCGCAACAAUCCGACACGCUGCAGAACAGUGGCUAUGGCAAUGCUUCGCACCACGAUUUCGCCCAUGCAGAAGGUGGAAACCCUGUCGUAGCAGGAAGCACUGUUGGCAGCCCAGCCGGAAUCCCUCUCGAAGACGGAGCUAUCAACCGCUCCGCUUCGAGCGCCUCGACUGCCGCAUACAGAGACGGCACUUUGUCGCGUGGUGGCACUCUCAAGAAGAAGGCCAGCGUCAGCCGCAAAUCUAGUAUUGGCCGCAGCGGCAGUCGUAGAAGCCUCGCAGCCGGUAGCAUCGCUGGUGUUGGUACUCCCGGUGCUCACGACGACUACAACAGCGCCUUGUCUACUCCUAUUCCUACACACGGCAGCCCUACCGAUAUCCUAGCCAACCGCUUCCAAGCAUGGCGCACACUCCUGAAGUCGCUCAUCACUUACUUCCGUGAGAUCCAAUCCAGCUACGAGACGCGUAGCAAGGCUCUGCUGAAGGUCUCGAAUGUCUUGUCCAACUUCACCCACCCCUCGGUUUUUAUCACCGACGGCGGUCUCGCAGACGCAUCACGCAUCUUAGGCGACUACCACAAGCACUCGGUCGCAGAAUCAAACAAGUCGCGCGACAUUGAGCAGGACGUCAUUUCUGCUCUGACUGGCCUGAGAAGCGAUCUAGCCCAGAAGAUCAAGGAGAUCAAGAGUCUUAAUGGCGACUUCAAGAACUCGGUUGACAAGGAGAAGGACGCGACACGCAAGGCUGUUGAUGCGCUUGCUGAAGCCUUGCAGCAUGCAGACCACGGUGACAACAGCAAGACCGAUCCCUUCAUCGUCCGCCUUGGUGUGGACCGUAUGGUCGAGAAGCAGAUUGAUGAGGAAAACUACCUGCAUCGCGCAUACCUCAACCUCGAGAGCUCGGGUCGCGAACUUGAGUCGAUCGUUGUAGGCGAAAUCCAGAAGGCCUACAACGCGAUGGCCAGCAUUCUCAAGCGCGAGGGCGACGACGCCUACAACACUGUUGAGCAGCUUCGCGGAGGGCCCAUUGCCAUGCCCAAGGAUUUGGAGUGGUCGCGCUUCGUCGAGACCGACCCCCACUUUGUCAAUCCCAGACUGCCUCUUCGCCGUAUUGAGGACAUUGACUACCCUGGCAAGCACGCUCCUGCAGCAGCUGAAGUCAGAGCUGGCAUGCUCGAGCGCAAGAGCAAGUACCUCAAGAGCUACACCCCUGGCUGGUAUGUCCUGUCGCCCACCCACUUGCACGAGUUCAAGUCGGCCGACAAGAUCUACUCUCAACCUCCUGUCAUGUCGCUUUAUCUGCCCGACCAGAAGCUGGGUUCUCACUCCGAGCCUGGAUCUUCGUCGCACAAAUUCAUGCUCAAGGGCCGUCAGAGUGGUGGUAUGCACCGCGGCCACUCGUGGGUAUUCCGCGCCGAGUCCUACGAGACCAUGAUGGCUUGGUUCGAAGCCCUCAAGAUUCUCACCGAGAGACCUGCUGAAGAGCGCAAUGCCUUUGUCCGCCAGCAUGUCCGUAGCGCUAGUCAGCACAGCCACCGCAAUAGCAUCAGCAGUGAUGGUCUUGAGGAGGACGAAGCUGACCAGAUUCCCUACUCGACUCAGUCCAGCGUCAUCAACCAGCCCAUUGGCGAGACCCGCCUCCAACGCCCUGUUCCAGGUGAGUAUGUGCUGUCCCUUUCAUAG